CUGAUAGGCGGCACUGACUGGCACUGUUAGGCGGCAUUGACUGGCACUGUUGCGCACUAAUAGGCAGCACUGACUGGCACUGAUAGGCGGCACUGACUGGCACUGAUUGGCAGCACUGAUUGGCAUUGAUAGGUGGCACUGAUGGGUGACACUGAAAGGCAGCUCAGAUGGGCACUGAUAUGUGGCAUUGAUGUGCACUGGUGUGCACUGAUAUGUGGCACUGAUGGGCACUGGCACAAGGCACUGAUGGACACUGACAGGUGGCACUUCUGGGGCCACACUGAUCAUCAUGGCACACUGAUCAUCAGUGCCCUGAUGAUCACUUGAGAGGAGAGAAAUGCCGAUAACCGGCAUUUCCCUGUUUACAUGUAAUCAGCUGUGAUUGGACACAGCUGA